AUGUAAUAUUAUUAAAAAGAGAUUUAUAUUAGGAAAAAAAAACUAGCUGCUUAUAUUAUUAAAAAUAUAUUUCAGAAAAUAAAAAGAAGAUUAGAUUUGAAAAACUUUUAAUUUAAUUUUCCUUUGAUUUUUAAGAGUCCAAAUAUUUUUUUAGGCUUAUUUAUAUUUCGAAAAUUAAUUUGUUAGAAGGAGGAAAUGAAAAAGAAAAAUAUUUUUUAAGAAUAAAUUUUUAUAGAAUGUAAGUGA